UAUUGAUCUAUCGUUUUUAUUUUUGUAUGUGGAGCUUUAUUCAGAAGCUGUGAUUGGCUGGGCAGUAUCCGGCAUGUGCUAAAAGUGAGCGUUGUGAUUGGCUCAGUUCAUCGGUAGUCAACAUCCUAUCUAAAAGGGAUCAGCUGUCCCAUUUCCCCAAUUACAGCUCCUUCCCUCCAUUCCUCCUCCUCCUCUCCUCUCCUCGAUUCCUCCACCUUCUUCCGGGGUAGGAGAGGAGGAGUAGGAAAGGAGGAGUAGGAGAGGAGGAGUAACAAAAGUUUCUGGACGCAGCCUUAGCGUACUGUUUAAUGUGGAGCCGUGUUUAGUGACGCUCUUUUUUGAACAAAGCAGGGUUUAGGUGGAUGGCGCGGUUGGUAGUGGAUACUGGCUGCUCGCAGUGGCAGUAUUUUGUUUUUGUGCAGAACUGGAUAGGAGAAUUUUAUUUUCUUUUUCCGGCUACUGUUUCCAGAUGACGUUAGAGGGAACCGUCUGCGUGCUGAUUCGCGCUGGAAAGCGCUGCAGCGUUUUAGUGAUGUAUUUCUCUCAGCGUUUCUUCCUACAAGCUGUUUUUUUCUUCACAUUGCCUUUCGUCUCUGUUACAGGCAUCCACGUCGAUGGUCGGAGCUCCACUGUUACAGUAGGCGAGGACGCUAUCUUGUUCUGCCAGCUGAUUGGAACAACUGAGACACUAACACGGAUUACAUGGCAAAGAAGGACACACAAAAGUUUCACAAAUGAGAAUAUUUUUGUCAUCAGCUCAGACGGUAAAGCAGAAAGCGUAAACGGAUUGGGAGACAGAAUUGAAUUUGUUGGAAACACAAAAGAAUAUAACGGCACAGUUCGUAUGAAGAACAUUACAUCAUUAGACCAUCAAAUCUACACAUGCAUCUUCAACAUCUUCCCAAGUGGGCCUUUUGAAAAAGAAAUAAAUCUUAACGUAUACGUUCCUCCUGAUGUCAGUGUGUUUCCUGAUGUUACUCCUGUUGUUGGUGAUUCUGAAGUGAUCCUAGUUUCCUGCAGUGCAAGAUCUCGACCUGCAUCAGAAGUGACCUGGAAUCUGGGUGAUCUCAAUAGCUCUCUGAAGAUAAAGACUGAUGUGUCUGCAGGACCUAACGAUUACUACACUGUCAGCAGCCGCCUGAUCGGUGUACCAUCCAAAGAGCUAAACGAGCAGAAUGUCCAGUGUGUGGUCAAUCACACCAGUCUGAAAAAGGAGAUUGUUCGAAACUAUGCACUAGUCAUUCAUUAUCCUCCUCAGAUUGUGUAUAUUACUUCAGGUAAUCCUUCAACAAAGCAUCAAGAAUUUCUUUGUGUAGCCGAUGCCAAUCCAAAACCAACGCUGUACAUCUGGAGCAGGGAAAACAAGGCUCUUACUGGCAGAGUUGAUUUUGAUAGGCUGGAAAUUCCACUGAGCUCUGACAGCAGCGGCUUGUAUAAGUGUAACGCUUCAAACCAGUAUGGAAAUGGAGUAGGUACAAUGUAUAUUCCGAUGUCCCCAGACAUUUCACCAGACUGUACCACCUGUUGGACUUUAUUCAUAAUUUUCAUCUUUCUAUCUGCUGCUGCUUUUUUAAUAUGGAAAUGUAUCUCAUCUGAAACAUGCACCAAACGUAUUUCAGAUCUGAGAGAAAGAAUUUUGCAUACUUUGCAUGUUCGUGUGCCUCCUGAUUCAACUACAUGCAACAGAGAACUAAACCACACUGACAGCGGUGAAAACAGAAGAGCAGAAUAGGAGUGAAGAAGGACUGGGAACAAUAUCAGGGAAAAUCACUGGAAAGCUGUGGAACACCCACACUUGAAUGGAGAGAUUAGACAAGCAAAUGCAGGAAAACGCUAUGAACCAGAGUCACAUUAGGAGACGUCUGAUUAAAAGAUCUGAGAUCAUCAGUCCCAUCAUCAUCAUUCCUUAUCUCAGGUCAGUUGAUCAGUUGAGUCCUGUUGGUUGCCCCUAUUUUGGGAGGAAAAAGAGAUAAAGUUUACUACUGUACAGCAGCAGCUUCUCUUAAGGGCGCAAAGGAGCACUAAAGCAUGUGGCCAGAGCGAGUUAUGGGGUGGCUAAUCAUUAAGCAUUUGAAACCUU